AUGAAAGGCCAAUCUAUAACCGCUUUCAUAAAGGGUCUGAAGGUCAUCCUCGCCCAAAUGGAGGCUCUUCCCCAGAGUUCCUGCCAGAAGAAGGCAAUUAAACGAGCUGUCACUCCCCUACCAACCAUCGAUAUCGACCUGGGAGACGAUGAGCUCUUCCCAUGCGAGUGCUCUCUACAGGGUAUAAACUCCCCGGAUGUCACCUACCUCAGCAAUCCACUACGCAGCUCGCUCAAGACCAAGGAGUGCGGCCUGGACUAUAUCAGGCGCGCUCUUGAUGUCCUAGAGCCCAUGAGCACCUGCACACGGUGCACUGGAAAGGACCACAGAUGCCGGGUGUUUUAUCAGCAUCUGGUACGCACGUACGAGGGCAAGGACCAACAACCCCUUUUGCUGGACGACUACCAGCUUGCGACAGUCGAGGAACGGGCUGCGCUGCUUUGCAUGCUCACCUAUGUCGAGAUAAAGCGAUUCCACGUCUGUGUGGGUAGCAUUAUUGAGACACUCGGGGACCAGCCCAUGUUCGAUGAGGAUUCGUGGGCCGUCAUCAAGGGUCAGGCCUAUAAGUUGGCCGUUGAUACGGCUGAGCUACGUUUCAAAUCCAUACACUGCUAA